UUCUCUGGCUAGCUCGGCUCCCUCUCCUCCACUCCCCUUUCUUCCACUCAGCCCUUUCUUUCUUUCUCCCUCCCCUCCCCUCCCCCAGCCAAGCCUCCCAGCGCACUUCCCUUCCCCCGCCUCCCAGUCCCACACUCCCCUCUCCUCCCCACUCCCGGCCCCCCCCCCCCCCCAGCCUCUUGCCUUGUGACACAUCCUGGGCCCUCCCGGAGGCGGCAGCAGCAGCGGCAGCAGCACUAGAUACCACUCUGCCGAGGCCGCAACCCCGGCUCAGCCUCCCCAGGCCACGCAGCUGCCGCAGUAAUGGCUGCUGAUGGGGUGGACGAACGCUCGCCUCUGCUGUCAGCAUCCCACUCCGGAAAUAUCACUCCCACCGCCCCACCGUACUUGCAAGAAAGCAGCCCCAGAGCGGAACUCCCACCUCCAUAUACAGCCAUUGCCAGUCCAGAUGCCAGUGGUAUUCCAGUAAUAAACUGCCGUGUGUGCCAAUCACUAAUCAAUUUGGAUGGCAAGCUUCACCAGCAUGUGGUUAAGUGCACAGUUUGCAAUGAAGCUACACCAAUCAAAAAUCCUCCAGCAGGGAAGAAAUAUGUUAGAUGCCCUUGUAAUUGUCUUCUCAUCUGUAAGGACACAUCUCGACGAAUAGGAUGCCCAAGACCCAACUGUAGACGCAUAAUUAACCUUGGCCCAGUAAUGCUUAUUUCUGAAGAACAACCAGCCCAACCUGCACUGCCAAUCCAACCAGAAGGCACAAGGGUCGUGUGUGGCCACUGUGGUAACACAUUCCUGUGGAUGGAACUGAGGUUCAACACUCUGGCAAAAUGCCCACACUGCAAAAAAAUCUCCUCAGUGGGUAGUGCGCUUCCACGAAGACGCUGCUGUGCAUAUAUUACAAUUGGAAUGAUAUGUAUUUUAAUAGGAGUAGGAUUAACUGUUGGCACCCAAGAUUUUGCAAGGCGAUUUCGAGCAACCUAUGUUUCUUGGGCAAUUGCUUAUCUCGUAGGGUUGAUCUGCCUUAUCCGAGCUUGUUACUGGGGAGCCAUAAGAGUUAGUUAUCCAGAACACAGUUUUACAUAAGCUUGUUUAUUUUUCAGUGACGCAGGUGAGAGUGUCUAGCAGUUCUUGGUAAGCUACUCUGGGCAUCUUUAAAUUAUUUAUCCUAAUGGAUUCCAUUCUGGUUUGUAUAUAAUAGUUUCAAGACUUUGGGAGUCUUUUAUGAACAAAUGCUCAUUGCACUACAUUAUAUGCAAAUUGUUUUGCUGCUAGGUUUUCAUAAUUGUAAUAAUAAAGCUUUUUCAUGUUCUUUUACAUCUCUUAUAGAUAUUUUUGGAUUUGUUACCAAACAUUACAUUUACUCUCACCCUUUCAUUAUUUUUAAAUCAGUUAUUUCAUUACUUGCUGAUAUGUGAAUAUUCCUAAGUGUUUAUAAAUAUUUCUAUAAUAGUUUCACAUUUAUACUUACAUUUUAAUUAAACAGUAUCAAAAUUGCUUGCUUAAUACCUAAGCAAUAUGCAUUUUGCUUGAACUGCUUACUGUAACUUUAACCUAAGAUUAUAGUGACCUUAUUCAGGAAAAAAAAUUUAGUGUACCUUCAAAGACUUGACAUUCUUGACAGAGAAAAAAACAUUUCUAGAUACUGUAUGCUUGUUUUUUGUUGUUUGUAGAAAGAUACAAUAUUUUGGUAGUAAUUUAAAAUACAAGAAUGAAUAUUUAUUUGUCCACAGAGUGAGAUGUUGGAUAAAUGUCUUUUCUCAAAGAUCAUAGGACUUUUGUCUUUCAUUUUUGUUUUUUUAUUUACCGGUUAGAAAAGAUCUGGUCUGGAUUUAUGGAAUUUAAUGUUUAUCAUUACAUGUUUUAUAAUACUUAACUAUUUAAUCAAAGAUAUAUUUACACUGGGUUGUGUACCCCUUUUCCUUAUAUCAUGGUACAUUUUUCUUAUGGAGGUAAUUAUGUACUACUUAUAUUUGAAGGAAGCUUAUGAUAUUUUACAAUAGCUAAAAUGUUGAAAUUAAGGUAACUGAUCAGAUAAUUACCCAAAUUAUUCAAGAAACUAGAUCAGAGAUGAAGAACAUAGUUUUCUAAGAAUUCAUUGAAAUUUAUGGAAUCAGCUCUUGCACUGCCCAUCUUUGCAGUUUUGAAAAAUAAAUUGCUUAAUCACAAAUGUUCUACAGUCUUUAAAUGUAGUCAAAUUAGACAAUGAGAUCAUCUGAGUAAACUAAUUGGUGAUUCCAGAGAUAAGACUAACAUUUUAAACUAUUUAUGUUACUGAUUAGUAUAAAAACGUACUCAUCACAUAAUUUGGAGGAAAAUACAUGUACACUUCCAAGAGUAAAAUGACAAAUGUAUUAAUGUGUUAGCUCAGGAUUAUAUGUACCUUUAAAAAUACACUAAUAAAGAUUAUUGUUCAAAAAUUA